AUGUUAAUUUUCAGAAUCUCAAGCCAUCCCGUCAUCCACGGUGUCCUUGUAAGGCAACCGAAAGCCAUUGCUCUCGGUGUUUCCCAGAUGGCAUUCAACACUCCAGUUGAAUCAAAGGUCCACGAAAUAGCCGUCGGAGUCUCACCAAACCUCUAUGAAGACGGAGGUGAUUCGUCUACGUAUCAGGAGGCAAGGAGGUCGAGUGGCUCUACCAGCCAAGCUCUCGGUGCAACGACGCUUCGUCGAAGUGCUGCAUUAGACGAGUUAGAUGAGCAGGUGCACCUUCAAUCAUCAUUAGUCAAUAAGCAAUAA